AUGAAUCUGUUAUUUACUUUGUUUACUUCUUUCUUAGGUGUUCAACACCCCCCUACAAAACUGCUUUCUUCAGAAGAAGUCUUCGACAAAGCGACCGGCAAACCACAAAUCGACCUCAUUAGAAAUCAUCUGAUCUCCGAAGGCCGCCUAGCUGACCAGGCAACAUUGCGUAUUCUCAAUGAGACGGCUACCAUCCUUCGGUCGGAGAAGAAUAUGCUCGAUCUUGAGGCACCCAUCACUGGUACUUUAAGCUAG